CCAUUCCACCACCACCAUCAUCAUCAUCAUCACACAGCACAUGUCUUCCAAACCCGUGAUCUUCCCUGCUUCUUCCGCCAAACUACCCAAACACGUUAAUCGCCAUAAGCCCCACCUACAUUGAACCCCCACCCCCCAUGUUUUUAAAAGCAUCAAGACCUACUCCAACAAUACUUUAUACCUUUUAUCUACUCCAACAAUACUUUAUACCUUUUAUCUUAGGGAGGAUAAGGAUUAAUCGGACAUUCAUUCUGCUUUUGUUCUUCUCAAAUCGCUCGCAGACAAGUUGGUUUGGUCAGUUUUGUUUUUUGUAGAGAAUUUUUGUUUAUAUUUGACUUUUUUGAUCAGAAGCUACAACUACAAGAUGUGUAUUUGGUUGAAUCCAAUGUGUUUUUCUUUUGGAAUAUAUGUAUGUCAAUACAUUGAAAUCGCAUAAUUAGAUAGCGUCAAUGAUUUAUUUAGUUUGAGAAAUGUAGCAGAUUUAGAAGAAGGAAUCUAUCAUAUUUGAAGGCUGAAGUUCUGCUCUCUUUUUUUUGUUUUUGACUUAAAAGGGUUUCGUUCAUGUCUAUGUGGCUAUGUUUGUUAUGUAUAUUUGCACACUGUAAUGAUAUUAACGUCCCAUGUUAGUCAUGUAUGGCUAUGGGUUUGCCAUAUAUGUGUUAAGAAUAUCAGAUCAGGUCUAACUCUCAACAAUAUCUCCACAGAUGGUGGCAGCUGUCAAUAGAAUCUAGUUUCAGUUUCAAUUUUAUUUGACUAUUUGCAUUCGUAUCUUAUCUUAUCUUUCUGCUGUAACAAUCAAUACUUAUCACAUUGUAACUACUCUGCUUAUAAAUACUAAGCAUACCAGACAGGAUAGUUAUCCUUGCUAAUUAGCCAUUUAGACUUUCUUUCUUGGUAUCAGAGCAAAUCGUUUUACACCUUUUUCAUGGCUGCAUCCAAUCUCACUUCCGCACCAUUCUCCAUUCCCAAUAUGUCUCAUCCUGUUUAUACCAGACUUGAUGACACAAAUUACCUUGCAUGGGUGUGUCAAUUUACCCCCAUCUUGAGGACAAAUGGGCUUGUGGGCAUUGUUGAUGGCUCAGAACCUGCUCCUCCUAAGCUCAUUGCUGAUCCUAGUCAACCAGACAAAAUGAAUCCCAAUCCUGCUUAUGAGACUUGGGAGAAGAAAGACCAAUUUAUUUUAAGUUGGUUUAUAGCUGCACUGUCUGAUAAAAUUGUUCCAACAGUGUAUGGCUUAAACACCUCUAGGCAGGUGUGGACAGCAUUAUCUAUUAGGUAUGCUUCACCUUCAAGAUCCAGAGUCAUCACUUAAGGAGACAACUUCAAACAACCAGACAGGAAUCACGUACCUGCAGUGAUUUCAUUCACUAUUCUAAGAGUAUAGCUGAUCAACUUGCCCUUGUAGGCAAACCAGUAAGUGAUGAAGAGCUAAUCUCUUAUAUUGUGGGUGGUCUCAACCCUCAAUAUAAUUCUUUUGUCACUUUUUAUUCCUUUGCUACAAAGGAUACUGCUAUGACAUUUGAGGAGUUUCAAUCUGAGCUACUCGGUUAUGAACAACUACUAGGAGCACAAACACAAACUAUUGAGUCCAGUUCCUUUGCUCUAUACUCCAAUAAAGGACCUGGACAGAAUAGGAAACCCAAGUAUGGGUCAUCUCAGAAACCCAACUUUGGCAAAAACCUUGCACAAAAGAAACCAUUUUCUUCAACCAGCAAUACCCAUCAAGGUAAACCAUCCUCAAAUCAGUUUGCCACUAAUAAGCCUCCUUGUCAGAUCUGUGGCAGGACCAACCAUCAAUCCUUGGACUGUUUUCAUAGGAUGGACUAUGCAUACCAAGGCAGACACCCAUCUAAAGAACUUGCAGCAAUGGUGGCUCAAUCCAACCUUUUUCAUGAUGAUGAAACAUGGCUGGCAGACAGUGGAGCUAUAAAUCAUAUCACAGCAGACUUGGCAAACCUUACAUUGCAGCAACCAUAUCAGGGUACUGAGACUGUAGCUGUAGGAAAUGGUAAUGGCUUAAAUGUUACACACACUGGUUCCACUACCUAUCAUCUUCCCACCUCUGAUUUACAUCUAAAUGAUAUCUUGCAUUGUCCCAAUGUUUCCAAUAAUCUGUUGUCUAUUCAAAAAUUCUGUCAAGACAACAAUUGCUAUUUCAAACUGACUGAUUCUUAUUUCUUGGUGAGGGACAACUUGACAGGGGCAAUCUUCCUACAGGGACCCAGUGAAGGCAGCUUAUAUCCUGUGCAUCACAAUAAGUAUGUCACCAAUAAAAGAGCAUCUGUAGCACUGAUGGGAAUCAAGGCAUCAACAGAUAUCUGGCACAAAAGAUUAGGCCAUCCUAAUCCUCAAACUCUACAUCGAGUCCUUAAAAACUACCAGCUACCUGUGUCAUCCAAUAAAUUCCACUCAGAGCUAUGUAUGCCUUGUCAAUUGGGAAAGAGCAAACAUUUACCUAUUAAUAAGUCUGACCGUGUGUCUUCUAGGUCUCUAGAGUUGAUUCACAGUGAUGUAUGGACCUCACCAGUUUUAUCAAUAAAUGGAUUCAAGUAUUAUGUUCUCUUUAUUGAUGAUUUUUCAAGAUAUUCUUGGUUAUUUCCUCUAAAGUUCAAAUCUGAUCUGUUUGAUUGUUUUGUCAAGUUUAAAUGCAUCAUUGAAAACCAACUCUCUUGCAAAAUUAAGCAAUUCCAAACAGAUGAUGGAGGUGAAUAUACUAAAAAUUUAUUCUCCAAAUUUCUGACUGACAAUGGAAUCUAUCAUCGACUUACUUGUCCUCGUACAUUCCAACAAAAUGGGAUUGCUUAGAGGAAACACAGGCAUGUGAGUGAAACUAGUCUAACUCUUUUAGCCCAAUCUCAUCUUUUAUCCACAUACUGGGUAAAAGCGUUUCAUAUAGCAGUUCACUCAAUCAAUUGACUUCCUUCCUCUGUGUUGCAAUUUGAGAUACCUCUUACCAAGUUAUUUAAUAAAGAACCAGACUUCUCCUUUUUAAAAUUUUUGGUUGUGCAUGCUAUCCUCUUCUUCGACCAUACACCAAACACAAGCUGGAAUUUAGAAGCAAAAAAUGUGUCUUCUUAGGCUAUGGUACCAAUCAUAAAGGCUAUAAAUGUCUAGAUUUGCAAACUAAUAAAAUUUACAUGUCAAGACAUGUAGUCUUUGAUGAGAACUUAUUCCCCGCACAGGAGAAAGGCUGCACUCUCUACCCUGCUCGAGGACAAUCCU